CCAGUAUCUUCCGUUCCACCCUACCUCAGCAACGCUCUCGUACUCAGUUUCCCAGGUUUUGUUAUCUUUUUUUUUUUGUGGCAUAUUUCAAGUACCAGUCGGAUUCCAUCGUACUUGCUUCUCGCCCCUUUUCUUCACGUCUCUUCCGCUCAUUGUCACUUCCUUACAGGAUCAGAACCUAGCUAAGAUCAUCACCCGUCUCUUGCAAGCUAGAAAGAAAUGGUACUGUACGCCCGAGUUGCCUCUGGCCGAGGUGGUUAUGAAGGCGGCUUAGAUUUCCCAGAGAGAACCUCCUUAACGUCUGUAUCCCCAGGUCUUCCUACUCGGCGUCGGGAUUCAUUCAAUUCUCCGCAGUACAAGCCCGACACUUCUUUAAUUGGCCUGCCUCCCAACGUCUGAUCCGAUGCAAGAUCGUGGCCUCACCCUUGGGUCGGACAAUUUCCGGACGUGAUGCGCUGUGGCGGUGCUACCUGGCCGCUACAAUGAACCUAUAGAUAGCUAAACGACGCC